GCGGCUGCUGCCAAUUGCGGACAGAAUAAGCUGAUGGACGAGCUCAGGCCGAAUCUGGGUUUGCUCGGGGUCGGCCUGGUCGAGAACGACAGCUUUCAUCUGAAUCACAAUCAGGAGAAGAGGAAGUGCAGUAGCGCCAGCUCGAAUGAGCAGGACUUCGGCCUGUACGGGGUGCAUCAGGGCCUCGAGGCGAGCCCGCCGACGCCCGCCGCGACGCCCGGUAGAAGCAGCGUCGGGGCCACCACCACCGUCGGAGCCGAAGGCGCUUUCAAAAAGUUAAAGCCCGACCCCUGCGCCUCCAGUCCUCACAUUGGCCACACACCUACCACAGCUAGCUGUCCAACACCGGCCCGACGGCGACACAGGACUACCUUCACUCAGGAGCAGCUGGCAGAAUUGGAAUCGGCGUUUGCAAAAUCCCAUUAUCCGGACAUAUACUGCAGGGAGGAAUUGGCGAGGACCACCAAAUUGAACGAGGCCAGAAUUCAGGUUUGGUUCCAGAACAGAAGAGCGAAAUACCGGAAGCAGGAGAAGCAGCUGCAGAAAGCUCUAACACCAAUUCCCGCCUGCCAAGGUGCCAUGAUGAGGAAUAUCUAUCCUGGUGCUAGCAGGGGUUAUCAACCCUACCCCCAUCCUCACAACAGCAUAAAUGGCAUAAAUCGUUAUCCCCAGAUGGGCACGACGUCUUACCCGAGCAUGACCCAGCCGUUCUCCAUGUCGCAUUCAGCGUCGAAUAUGUCGGCCGUCACCGGGAUGCGACAAGAUGCAAUGGGAAUGUCGGCGGAGGACGAGUGGUACAACAAGAGCAUCUCGGCCCUGAGAAUGAACACAGCCCACCACCCGAAUCUGGCCGCGCCGAUGUUACAGUAUCAGACAUAAUUGUAAACGGAGGCGAGAGGGCGACUCGAGGAUCUCGUCAGGAGGGGUCCGAUGGCGUACAUACCUAUGAUCCAGCCAAUCGGUAGCGAUCGAGGGAGGAAAAACGAGGGAGAGCGAGAUGACGAACUCGACGAAGCCCGAUCGACGUUUUGCCGUUUCGCGGAGGGAAAACGAGAGGAGGAAAGAAAGUGAGAGAAAGGAAAAACAGAACCGCGGCUCGAUUUGCGAUUUAUUCGCUAAAUCGCCUCCCGCGGCCGCGUCGACAUCCUGAUUUUGCGACGCGUCCUCGCAUCUCGCUUGCAACAAACAAGCGCGAGCAAGCAAGCAAGCAAGCAAGCUCGAUUCGUAACGGCACACACAUGUCGCAUAUAAGUACACGCGUGAAAAAAAAGCUCUCUCGAGCACCGAUCACGUCCUCACGUUUCCGUCGCCGGAGGACAGGCCAGAUACUAGAUCGAGCACGGCACGACAGUUGAAUGUUAGACGCUAUGACGAAAUAGCGAGGCGGCGUUUAUUCGGAACAUGAAUUUCAAAAGUUCAACAAUGUUGCGCGCGUGCAAAAUAUCGUUGCAGAAUAUCAAUUGGCACACCUAGAUUCUCGCUCGUGGUUUCCACUUAGGAUACAUUACGAUCGACACGUCUCCGGCAUCGGGUAUUUUCGACUGGAAUGUUCUUAAUACUUUAUCCUUCUUUUAAAUUCAUUAAUUUUAAGUUUAAUUUUUUUAAUAAAACUUGAUUUUGUCGUUCGAGAACUGGUAUUUCGCGAAAAACUCGUGUAAAUUGAAAAACGUGAACGAAGAGUAUGUUAAAUCAACGAAACGCAAUUUCAAUAUGGCGCGGAAAAGAAGCGCUUUGAUUUUUGUCACAUAAAAAAUUUCCAUAUAUAUAUAUAUAUAUAUAUGUGUAUAUAUAUAUAUAUAUGUGUGUGUGUGUAUGUGUGUAUAAUAGUUCGUACUUCGAUCCUUGUGGCAGAGAAACUCAAUUAUUCUGUUCUUUAUUACACGCGGGAGAAAAUACGUGAUGCUCGAGACUCCCCUAUGUUUCGGACAGCGAAGGAUAUCCCGCAAUUAGCGUGUACAGAAACUGUAGAGCCCGUUCGCCGCGAGAUCGUCGUGUAUUUUCUAUAACGCGUAGAGCCAAGGUUUCUUUUCCUCGCGAGACACUGGGUUCCUUAAUUCCGUUCGAGAGAUGCGUUACCGCACGUAAACGCACUCGCGUGCGCGGCAUUCCGUUAAUCUCCUAACAACGAUACGUGCCACACCUUCGUGAUUAAUUGGCGAGAGUGAGGGGGGGGGGGAGCAAGGGAACGGGGGACGAUACUGUACAUAAGUGGGCGAAAGAGAAGAGAUAUAGAUACAUAAUAUAGAGAUUGCGUAAUCGGCAGAUACUCUAGCAUAUGCGAUUUUUCAAUGUCCUUUUAAAAGUGUAAGCAUACCCUUAGUGAAUGAUAUUAGGCAUUGAUUUGUGUGCUUAUGUUGACCACGAUUUUGGAUAAUCGGGGGAAGGGGGAGAGAUGGGAGGAAAGCGCGUUGGAAGGGGACGGUGGUAUCCGACAGUGUUUUGCGUUUUCGAAAUUUGAGGGGCGCCAGGGUUUCCCCGUCGCGACGAGCGGAUCGUCGAGGCUCGACCCCCUUCGCGCGGAUCAGACGUCGUCGCACGCAAAUCGACGCAGGGUAGCGCGUCGCGUUACGAAAAAUGACCGAAAAAUAAAGCAAACGUUCGUGCGUCUCGUGUGAACUGCAAGUACACGUGUCUGAUCUCGAAGAAAGCGUCACACGUGAGGGGUAGGCAUCGACUUUGAAGCUAAGAAAAAAUAAAAAUUAUCGAGGAGACAUCGGGGAACAUAAGAGUUGGCGAUAUAUUUUUAGAUUCCUGUCAGCUUUAGGGCGGGGGUACGACGUGCGUGAACGUGUCUGCAACAACAGGACAUUCAGAAUUGUCCGGUGGAAUUUCACAGCCGGACAGCUUUUGUAGAUUUGUGUGCGACAGCCUAUGGGCCGAUUUCACACCGAGAAAGUAUCCGGCGCCUACACACAAUGCCUACACCCACAAACGACAGAUUGUAGGGGUGAAUUUGUUAUAAGCGAAGAAACGAGACCUCGAUUUCGCUCCCCGUUGACUUUUCGCGAGUGCCGAUCGUCGAGAGGUACGUCGCGACGAUUCUUCGAACCUUGAACGAAUAUAAGGGGUCAAUUUCAUCGCAUCGCAAGACGAAAAAUGUCCCAAUCGAAAAACGAUCGGUGCUCGGACAAUUGAUGAACGUCCAAGUGGAACAACAAGUCGCAGUAACGUCAACGUGACAUUAAAAUAAAUCGUGAUUGAUUAAAAAUGAUUGAUCGACUUUUAAUGAUCAUUUUGGAAACAUUUUGAUGUCAUUUCAAUGAUUUCAUGACGAGCCUUUGUUCUGCUCGAGGCGCACACAGAUCCAUGAUCACAAACGGAGGUGGGGAAAGGAGCAUAGAGCCAACAGAGUUUUAACGAGAAAGAUGGGGGUCGCACUCUAUCUCAUUCAUAUCCCAGAAUUAAAUAUGUAAUUAUCGCUAACAGAUCGUAUCGUGUAACAAUGUUGUCUUCGCAAUAGUCGAACCGAUUGCAUCAACAGGCGAAUGAUUCCGCCUGAUUAAAACGAUUGCCAUCGCGGAAGCGCGGCACGAUCAGACGACUGUGUUAUUGACGAGGUAAUUUGCGAACAUCACGCAAACGAUGAAAAUCGGAUCGUCGAUGAGACGGUACGCCGAAUGUACAUUAUUCACUCUGUUGCCGCAAGCCGGUUGAUUAUUGCGAUCGUUCGUCGUCCGGAUGCUUUCCCGCGGAAAAAAAGCAGAAUCGGAGCUUUCGUCGCUUUAACCGUUUGUCCUUCGAGCUUCUAGUUCGACAAAAUUCUGCAUUAAUUUCAUUCUAAUGUUAUUACAUUUACAAAUGUAUGCGAUUUGUAUAGCUUCUUGAGGGGAAAAAAAACGAGCAAUCGGACGAAGUUAUCAUUCUGUUAAUGUUCUAUUUGAUUUUAAGAAAUAUAUCACAAGCGCGUACGAACUUUAUAAAUACAGACUAUUCAAUUCAAUAUUACGAUUAGUAUAAUUCUAUGGAGACAUCAGAGAUGGGUUUUGCAGCGAAGCGGCAAACGGUUAAUUAACGCGCGACUCGCGACUUCUCCCUGGCGCCUUUCAGUCGUAAAUAUUCGGAGUCUGUCCAGUCAACAAUCGUCUAUAUUGGUGUCAUUUUUCGAUAACUGUCUAAUCAAUAUAUCGACUCGAGAAUGAAGCUGCAGACGACUGCGCAUUGUUUUCGUGUAGUUUCGCUGCGACCUUAUUAUUAUCGCUCGCGGCAUUCCACGAGAAAUGUUCCUAAAAAGUUUGUAACAUAUCGUACACGGUCCACUUAUACGUGCACACACACACAUACACACACACACACACACAUACACACACGCGCGCGUGCAUACAAAGUAUACACGCAAUACACGAAGUAUGCGUGGGCGCGUACGUCCAUGCGUCCGACACACGAAAUUACACGCGUCAAGUUGUGUCGAGAAGGCAAGAUUAAAAAUUAAGUGGAAAUGCAUACCGGACGAGCGUAACAUAGUUUUAAGCCAGGGUCACGUAUUGUACGUAUGUGUUGUACAUAGCCUAAAUAAAAAUUACAUUUAAAAUUA